ACAGCAGUAAGAUGUUCAAGGCAUUUGUAUCUGGAAACCAUCAGAAGAACAACAUGGCCAAACCUGGGAAUAAGACUGCAACUCAUGGAGCAAGAUGCUUUUCCAAGAUCAAGAUGUUUCUGUUGGCAACAACAUUGGGAUAUGUAUCCAAAUCACUAUCAGGAACUUAUAUGAAUUCCAUGCUCACACAAAUAGAAAGACAAUUUGAUAUUCCCACAGCUAUAGUUGGAGUGAUCAAUGGGAGCUUUGAGAUUGGUCUCAUCUAAUCCAUUGGUGAAGUGCAAAUUUGAGAAACCACUUUCAAGAAGUUG